CAUUGAUUUUAGUCGGCACAGGUCUCUAUGAGGAGACCCUAAAAAAUUAUUAGAAAAACAUACACAAAAAAAUUACCUAAGAUAAAAAAUAACAUAAAAAAUAAUUAAAUAAAGUUAUUAACACACAAAAAGCGAUAAGUUUUACUAUGAAACUUCAAUAAAUCGUUGGUGAUUCAUGUUAAAAAAUAUGACAGACAAUAUUCAUUGACAAAUUGAACACAACAAUACAUUUUCAAUAAGACAAAAAAAUAAAGGGCGUCUUCGUAUAAAAAAGAUAAAAUUUUAAAGAAAUUGAAAAUAAAUAAAUUUGUUUAAUUAUAUUUAUAAUCAUCCAGCAAAUAAAAGUUUCUAAGUUUGCAGUUAAAACAAAGAUUUUUAAAAACUUUUGUGUGUGACCCCUUUGCCAACCAGUAGCAACAAUAAGUCGUCAAAAUUGCUACUCUAACACCCUUAACGAGCACACGCAACGCCCAAGACAGCGUUUGCAAAGGCUCCAACCAACAGAUUAAGCCAAAAGUAGAGGUAGCCAGCAGCAGCAACAGUAAUAAUAUAUCAGCACCACAUCAACAGGUAAAGCCGGAACAGUCAACAGCAGCAUCUUCAUCAUCGUCUGGUUUAUAUACGAGUGGUAAUAGCACUAAUAGUACUUGUCUAGUAGCUGUUACUCGUGCCAUCGAGGGUAAAUUACAAUUGACUGCCAGUCCUUGUGACGAUUUGGUCUUGGUGACCACUUCCAAAAUGUCCGGAGAUCAAAAGACUUUAAUUAAGGGUCAUAGUUCGCAGUAUGUGAAGUUGAAUGUUGGUGGCCGUUUAUAUUAUACCACAAUUGGAACGCUGACAAAGCACAAUGAUACGAUGUUAAGUGCCAUGUUUAGCGGUCGCAUGGAGGUGUUGACAGAUUCGGAAGGUUGGAUACUUAUCGAUCGCUGUGGACAACAUUUUGGCACCAUACUUAAUUAUCUACGUGAUGGUACAGUACCACUGCCAGAGUCUCAUCGAGAAAUUGCCGAACUAUUAGCCGAGGCUAAAUACUACUGCAUAACUGAACUGGCCAUGUCAUGUGAACGCGCCCUGCUGGCACAUCAAGAACCCAAACCUAUUUGUCGCAUUCCUCUUAUAACAUCACAGAAAGAAGAACAAAUGCUAAUAAGUUCAUCAUCGAAACCGGCCGUUAUAUUGGUAGUGCAACGACAAAAUAACAAGUAUUCAUAUACCAGUAAUUCGGAUGAUAAUCUCUUGAAAAAUAUUGAACUAUUCGAUAAGUUAUCGUUGCGUUUCAAUGAACGCAUUUUGUUCAUAAAAGAUGUCAUUGGACCGAGUGAGAUAUGUUGUUGGUCCUUUUAUGGACAUGGCAAAAAGGUGGCCGAAGUGUGUUGUACCUCUAUAGUGUAUGCAACAGAUCGGAAGCAUACAAAGGUAGAAUUCCCAGAAGCUCGUAUAUAUGAGGAAACCUUACAAGUGUUAUUGUAUGAAAAUCGUAAUGCACCCGAUCAAGAGCUAUUGCAGGCGACCUCUUCGGUACGCAAUCCCUCGGGUGGUGGUUCGUCGUCGGGUGCUUCGGGAGCCGGUUCCAGUGGUAUGCAUCAGUAUACUAGUGAUGAGGAAGAAGAACGUACUGGUCUGGCCCGCUUGCGUUCAAAUAAACGCAAUAAUCCCACAUGAUUUGUAACCCAUUAUGUGGUACGGCCACGACCCAUACUUCCCUAACUAUGGCGUACCAGUGGUAGUGAUAGUGCUUAAAGCUACUCCAAAUGAGAUUUACAAAAGAAAAGGGUUUCAAAGCAAAGAAAAACUCUAAA